AGUUUAUAUAAAACCAUUUGAGGGAUUGGAUCAUCUUUUCAGCCACAGAGGGACAAAUCACAAAUAUUGCGCACGCUGUGCAUUCCUACCCCGAGUGUGUGUUGUUUUCGUCGAUUUUGUUCAUUAUUUUUUUUCGGUCGUGUAUUUUAAUCAGUUUUUUUGUCGUAAACGAAUUUUAAUUAUUUCUUGGAAGAAAUCUCUUCCGCGCCAUUUCAAAUUGAUCGUGUUCUCGAUUUUAGUGUUUUAUCAAGCAAAGUUUAUAGUCUGAUCGAGUAUUUUGUGCUGAUAGAUUCGAUAUCUUUUAUUCGAUAAUUGGUAAUCUGAAGGAACUGAAAUGCAAGAAGCGUUGUUUCCAAGUGAUCAAGUCAUUUUAUUUGAAGUUCGAAACUGAAGUAAUUUUUGUUUGGUUAAAAUUUUGAUAAGUGCAUUUGUCAAUCGAUUCAAAACAUUAAUUUGAAAGAAAAGAUUUGCUUGUAAAAAAAAGAAGAACAAUGGAGACCUGUGUGUUAAUACCACAAGAGUUGUCGUUGGCUGUGACAGCAGCCGGUGCCCGUAAUUCAGGCGAACAAUCUAUAUCCGUAUGGUCCUCAACGAGGAUCAAGCAAGGUGAACUGUACUACCCAUUUCAAGGGACCGUACGCAUUGACAAACUCAACAUCUAUUCAUAUGUUGAAAAUGAAGAUAUUCGCCACAGAUUUGGUUUGUACGAUGAGAUUUCUAUUUCGAAUGGCUUUCGUGUACGUCACUGCAAUUGGAUCCGAUUUUUGAGGGUGUCUAAAACAUAUGGACCACAGGUCAAUGUAGUUUGUGCAAAAGUAAACGGAGAACCAGUGUAUGAAAUACACAGACCGAUUGCUGCACAUCAAGAAUUAGUCGUAUAUUAUUUGGCCGAACGGCCAGAAGAAUUGCUUUUUGUUCACAUGAGAAGCACACUCUACCGACGAACAAUGGAUUCAAUUUUGGAAGAGUCACCGCUCGAUUUAUCGAUGUCAUUAUUAUCGCGUGUGAUGCUGCCCAUCAGUCCGCCGUCGGGUGGUGAAGACGAGCACAAAUCCGUGUCAGGCGAAUCACUAACAUCAUCUUCAUCAGCGGCCAGCAGUGCUGGUGAUUUAAUGGAUACAUCGAUCACAAUGCCGCGCACAUCACCGAAAGCCCGACCGACACGAGGCGAACGAGCUCUUCUACCAUGCGAAGUGUGCGGCAAAGCAUUCGAUCGUCCUAGCUUGUUGAAGCGACACAUGCGAACACACACCGGUGAAAAGCCUCACGUUUGUGCAGUGUGUGGUAAAGGAUUUAGCACGUCGAGCUCGUUGAACACACAUCGACGCAUACAUAGCGGAGAGAAGCCACACCAGUGUCAAGUGUGUGGCAAACGAUUCACAGCCAGUUCGAAUUUAUACUACCAUCGCAUGACUCACAUUAAGGAAAAACCACAUAAAUGCAGCCUUUGUUCGAAAUCCUUCCCAACACCCGGCGAUUUAAAAUCGCACAUGUAUGUGCACAGUGGUUCAUGGCCAUUCAAGUGUCACAUCUGUUCCAGAGGCUUUUCCAAACACACAAAUCUAAAAAAUCAUCUAUUUUUACACACCGGUGAUAAACCGCAUUCCUGUGAAUUGUGCCUCAAAAAAUUUGCACUUGCAUGCAAUUUGCGAGCACAUAUGAAAACACACGAAGGUGAACCACAAGAAGAAUGCGUUCGCUGUGGUAAAAUGUAUAUUUUAUCUGGCGAUUUAAAUAAAGGUGCAUGCGGUAAAUGCCUAGGAGUUCCAACCAGAGAUCAAUUGAAAUCGACACCGUUUCGAUCGUCAGGCGAAUCAUCGGGCACAGAAGAAGAAGACGAAGAAGAAGAAGAAUUGUCGAACGAUAUUCCGUGAUUAAUGAAAAUGAAGACAGAAAAAUCAACCGAGACACACACAGACACACCAAACAUAACAUAGCUCAACACAGCACAUCGUGAUCGGUCGGUGAUUUGACUUAUGACCAUUCGUCGUAUCAUCGUUUGAGUUUUUGAGUUUUCCAUUGCAUUUCAUACGCACACACGCCCGUCAUGCAUCAUCCCAUAUUAUUUUCAUCUCGGUUCUUUCUUUUUUUGAGACGAGCGCACACACAAACACAACAACUACAACACAAAAUAUUUAUCAUUUAUUUGCAUAUCAUAUUUUCUCUCUCUCUCUCUCUCUCUCUUUAUCUCCUCAAACAUAUACUCGUAUCCAUUUCAAUACCAAAUGAAUUCGAUCAUAAUUUUUAUUUGCUAACGCACGAUAUCACUCGUAAGUAAUAAUAUGGCACUAAAGAAUCAAAUCAUAUCAUAGUUUGUAAGGGGUUUCCAUGUUUCAUCUCCCAUUCGAUCAAUCCAUUUUGAAAGUGGACAUCGACAAAUUGCGAAUCUUGUACAUACAUAUCCAAUCUUUUGAUCCAACGAAAAGCAUCAUACGAUGAAUAAAUUUAUUGCUAUCAAAGACAUUUUCGCUUUUCUUAUACGCAUAACCCUGCUGUCCUUUUAUGGUUAGUUUAACGUUUUCUAAUAUCAAAGACUGUAUAAUCAUUUGAAUUGGUUUGCUUUCACUCGCUCGAAUGAAUCAAUCACUUAAACACUAAAACAUUCCUUAUUAAAUCCGUCCAAAAAUGACAUUCAUUCCGGAGGUCCAUGGUCUUUUUGAGAGUUUCAUUUAACCCUUAUCAAGUCUCAUUUACUCACACAUCCAUGUUUGUCACCCUUUUAUUUUCUAAUUAGUGGUUAAGUUUAUUUAUAUAUUUCAUAAACCGUCCAAAAGAAUAUUUCCCCUUGAUAUUUACGUCACAUUCAGUUUAUAGUCACCCAAAUAAUUAAGAAACUGAAACAAUCUCCGUUCGUCUAUUCUCACCUUUUUGAAUAACGCGUCGAAAAUUGACUAUUUUCAUAAUAAUGCUGAACAGAAGGAAUUGAACUGCCGAGAGCUCAAGGUGCGAUUUCAGUGUUAAUAUGAAAAUAAUCAGUUGUUUGGCAUUUUUUACCAUUUUGGUAUCCAUGAGAAUUAUUGAAGCUAUUUUUUUGUUUGUUUAAUGCUGUAAAUAUAUGAAGGAUUAUUUGUGUACCUAAAAUAUCGUAAUGAUGUAAGCAGAUACAAUUUAUUUUAAGAAUCAGACUUGAUGAAUAUCUUUACACUUAACUAAGCACAAUACAAGAAACAAAAGAAAACCGAACGCUGUACAUUAUUUUAUCAAUCCGCAAGUAUUAAAAAUUCGAG